UCUUCGAGCUCUUAGGUGAAGCACGUAUUUUGAGACUAAGGAAAAGUUUUCUGAUUUACUCAGAUUUUUGUGAAAUAAACAGCAGACGAUCAUGGACAAAGAUUCUGCCAUGGAUAAUCCAAAAUAUACUGAAGUUGAGAGGAAGACCAGUCCUAAAAAGAAGAAAAAAGUGACGUUCCCUGGGCCAAUUGAGACUCCUGAACCUGAGCCUACAAAACCAUCUACCAGCACCCCAGUGAGAAAACUCAAGAAAAAAAGACAGGAAGACGACGAUGAAGGAGAAAUAAUGAAGCCAAAGAAGCUGAAAACUUCACUGAAAGAGUCUAGCACUAGCAUGGGACAACAAGAUAAGGCAUCUCCAGAUGAUGGACAAAACAAAAAUGUUGAGAGGCAGCCUGUCUCCAGAAAGAAGAAACAGAAGAAUAAACACAUAAACCAGGAACCAAUUGAGUCUUCUGAAUCUGAGCCUUCCCAACCAUCUACCAACACCCCAGUGAAAACACUAAAGCGAAAAAGACAGGAAGACAAAGAGGAAGAAGAAACAAUAGAGUCGAAGAAGAUGAAAACUCCUCCAAAAGAUUCCAGUUCCUGUGACGCCAAACAGAUUGCAACUUCCUCAGAGCUAACUGAGAGGGACGACUUGAUAACCGAUAAAGAUAAAUUUGAAGCCAAAUAUGUGGAAGAAUAUUACUUUGCUUCAGGAGGUUAUGGAUCCAUAUUCAGUGGCUUUCGCAAAUCUGACAACCUACCAGUAGCCGUCAAGCACAUUUUCAAACGUAAAAUCACAAAUAAAAAAAUGGACGAUGGCAAUGGAAAAAUGGUUCCUUCUGAAGUGGCCAUAAUGUUAAAGUUACAAGAUGAGUCCAUUCAUUCAGAUGGAAAAGCAGCGCCAGUAGCCCUGUUGGACUGGUAUGAGAUCGGUGGAGAAAUCCUCCUGGUCAUGGAGAGACCGAUCCCUUGUGAGGACCUACGUCAUUACACUGACAGCGAAGGAGGCACACUGCAAGAAGAAGAAGCCAAGAUCAUAAUGACACAGCUAAUUCGCACAGCCAUAGACCUCGAGGACAGAAAUAUCUUCCAUCAAGACAUCAAAACUGACAACAUCCUCAUUCAAACCCACACAAAUACACCACAAGCUCGUCUUAUAGACUUUGGAGUGAGCUGCAUGGCAGAAAAGGAUUCCAUCCUUCGAGGAUUUUCAGGAACUCCCAUAAAUGCUCCCCCAGAAGCAUUUAGAGGCUUUUGUAGCCCUGGAUCAACCACAGUGUGGCAGCUUGGAGUAGUUUUGUAUGAGACCCUCCAUUACUGCAACGAUUUCUCUACACUACAUUUUCUCGAAGGGGAUCAGAUGAUUGACGAUGAACUGUCAGAAGAGUGCCAAGACUUUUUCCAAGCAUGUUUAGAUACUUCCGUAGAACAGCGCCCCAACCUCCAAGACCUCCUCCACCAUCCAUGGCUCAGAUAAACACACACACAGACACUCACACAAACACACACACACAGGAACAGAGAACUCAAAAGUCUGAAAUUUUAAAAAGUUUAGAAAUUUUAGCAAAAAUCACAAACCUAAAUUGACCUUAGAAUAUAAAUGUAGAGUGUAAGGGAAAAUGAUAAAUACUAAAGUUUAGCUGCAUUAGGGGCAAAUGAUGGCAAUAUUAUAAAAUGAAAGUUUUUACUCUUUGUACUACCUAGGAAACUAUGCCAGAUUUAGAAUUGGAAUUGGUUUAAAAAGUGGCAUUUCCCAUGAUUACUACGUCCUUUUGUUAAAGUACCCCAAACUUAAACGAUACACUCCUUUUUUUUUCAGUCUUCCUUUGCUUUGAUGUUUGGAAACACGGCACCAAGCAGCAUUAAAAAACAGAAUGUUGUUAAAAGAAACGUAGUAUAGUAUAAUUGAAAAUCCAGAUGGGGUGGAGAUACAAGUAGUUACAGAAAAACUGGACAAAAGUUAAAUGGUGUUCUUCUGGGUUCUCUGUCUCCACUGAUUGUGCUAAUGUUGACUCUCCCGGAAAGACCUGCCUCGUUUUCCUCGUUCCAGUGACCGGGACUCGUCUGUGUUGCUGUGACCUUCGUGGAUGCCGUGUGCGGAUGUCCUCCAGAGAGAGUUGGCAGGACCUUCUGUGUCUCAAAUAUUGGACUCCUUGGCGUGAUGGUGGUGCUGGUGGUGCUAGUGGGGGGGGUUGUUACACACUUUUUCUGCAGCUCCUUUAACCCCCCCUGGCGUCGUCUUCAGAGAGAGCUUGGGCAGGAGAGGAGCGUGCACCACCCAAACCAAAUGGAUUUAAUUGGCAGAAAGAAAAACCUAAAAACUAGGAGGGGACGUGCAAAAACCAGCCAAAGCUUUUUAAUUCCUCUGUAAAAACGUCAAAUUAGAAGCUCAAAAAUCAUUUUAAUUAGAAGCGUACUUAAGUCUAACAAGGUUGCAUUGUGUUUAGGGAAUCUGACUAUUUUCCGAAAACAAGCAAAUAGAAUCCACAGUGUUAGAUGAGGGUGGUAGAGGGAAAUCAGCUAAUCACGAAAACAUCAACAUUUAUAAAGUCUUUGUAAUUUCCAUAACAGAUCUCAAAUAAUAAAAGAAGAUUGGACAUAACUGAGAUCAAAUGAGCAUUCAUAUCGCUAAAGAAUGCGCUAAACGUAUCUGUCUUUUAGUCUGUAGUUAAAAAGACAGAUGUGGUCCUGUUACACGCGUGUGGGUUUUCUCCGGGCCCUUUGGCCUUCUCCCACUUCUUAAAGACGUGUCUCCACGUUUAUUUGUUGCAUACCGAAACUUAGCUUUUCUUGAUAAAUUGGGAUUUAAAAUUCUUGAAAAGAAUCGUUAAAAAUAAGACCGUCCAAACCUCAAACGGCUUUCUACAUGAACUUUUGCCACUCUGACAUAGCAAAAAUAAAAUGAAGAGCCUGCACUAAAGCGUACUAGGUCUUCUAAAACAAAAACAGUCAAUUAAAAAGCAUUUGCACGUCCCCUAACUGGUUUUUCUAAUUCGGCAUUUCAAUUGGUGAAAUAAAAAAGGCAAAAUUGGAAGA